UCAAUUAAGUUUCAUAGUUUAGGAAUAACUAAAAUACGCCAUGGUAACCAAAGAAACCGUGUUGAUAGCAAGCCUGACGGUGGCGCUCGUUACCGCGGUGGCCUAUAUGGCAGUCGCAAAUUCUAGCAGAGAAGCAUCUGGAAACGGUGUUAAAUUUCAAUAUCUCACCAAAACAUUGGCAAAAAUGAGUGACGAAACGGAAUCCUCUAAAGCGCUCGUAGCUUUCACGAAGUCGGAAUUUUUAACUCCAGAAAUCCUCAAAGUUGAUCAAAAUAUCUACGUUGCAAUAGGAUUUGCUCUUGGCAACAGCAUUAUGAUAGAAGGUGAUGACGGCAUUAUUAUUGUUGAUACAACGGAGGCUACCACAAGCAUGAAAAAAAUUUGGACGGAAUUUCGUAAAAUCACCAACAAGCCGCUCCGAGCAGUUAUAUACACCCAUUUUCACACUGAUCAUCACAUGGGUACCAGUUAUAUUCUUGAAGAGGAAAAGAAAGUUCGGCCAAACGCUACCAUUGACAUUUACGCUCAUGAAUUGACGAAAAUACUAAUGUUUGAAUUUUCUGACACAUAUGACAUCGGUAUCACACGUGGAUUACGGCAACUGGGAUCGAUAGUGCCUAAAAUUCCUAAUGCUCGUACCGGUGCUGGACUUGGACCAGAAUUACUUGUUGGCGUAGAUACAAAUCUUAUCAUUACCGCACCGACAAAAACCUAUUCAAAUCGAGCUUCCUAUAACGUAGCAGGUAUUGAAUUUGAACUUAUCCAUACACCCGGAGAGACGAAAGAUCAGACUACAGUUUGGAUACCGAAAAUUGGAGCUGUUCUCCCCGGUGAUAACAUCUACAAAACUUUUCCUAAUAUCUAUGCUAUACGCGGAAGUCCUACUCGCGAUGCAAAGAUUUGGUAUACCAGUUUGGAUAAAACAAGGGCGCUCGGUGGAAAGUAUCUUAUCGGCUCUCAUACCAGACCUGUGGAGGGAAAGGAAGAAGUCUACGAUACAUUGUUGAUCUACAGAGAUGCUAUUAAAUACAUCCACGACCAAACCUUAAGGCUGAUAAACAAAGGGUAUUUUCCAGAUCAAAUUGUCGAGAAAGUACAACUUCCAGAAAUGGUUAGAAAACAUCCAAAUUUACAGGAACAUUACGGUUCUGUACCAUGGUCUAUAAGAGGAGUCUUUGCCAGCUACUUAGGAUGGUUUAGCGGGAAUCCUAUUGAUUUGCAUCCUAUGCCGGCGUCCGAUCACGCAUCCAGAAUGGCGCGUUUGGUAUCUUACGCCCAGACUCGAAAGGAAUCACCCGGAGAAAUCAUGCUUCAAGAAGCACAGAUAUCUCACCAAAUUUCUCACAACCAUUAUACCGCUACAGGAAAACAUAUUCCAAGUGAUGACAAAUGGGCACUAGAACUAGCAGACGCUGUCAUAGAACUCAAUACAUUAGACAAGAAGAUGACGGAUGUUGCAAAGACGAUCAAGGUCAGUGCGCUCAGAGCAAUAGGUGUUGAACAAAUCACGGCGACAGGAAGAAACUAUUACCUUACAUAUGCUCUGGAGGUAGAGAAUAACCUAUCACUCGUGCGUUCGAAGGAAGCACUUGAAAUGGGUAUCAAAGAUUCUUCCGUCAGUCGAGUUCUCGAAAUACUUUGCUCUAAAGUUCGAGGUCUCGAAUGUCAGUAUCAAAACUACACAAUAGGACUUUCAUUCACAGAUAUACAGAAAGACUACGUAGUCAGCCUGCGUAACAGCGUAUGUGAUGUAUUCGAACCACCACCAGAAAGUAUCGUCCCCCAAGUUCAACUUUCCACCAAAUCGAAUGUGUACAAAGGGAUUGCCGCAGAAGAUCUGCAACUAGAUAAAGAAAUCGAAUUAGGAAAUGUGAAAAUUGACUAUGGAACUAUCGAUACUUACAAGCAGUUUCUGGAAUGUUUUGAUCCUCUAAAUUCCGUUUAACUAAAUAUGACAUAUUAUAUACCUAUAGUUGCCAGUUUAAUUUUUUGACCCCACGGUUCCAAACGAAAAUUCAUAACGAAUUAUUGUUUUAUUUUUGUCAUUUACUGUGUUACCUUAAUAAUCAAAUAACCCUAACCAUUCAAACAAUAUCUUAUAAAAUUUUAGAUUAGUCUUUUCUUCUACCUACAGCGAUUUUGAGUAUCGAGAUUUAAUAAUAGUCUUGUUAUAUAAAUAUAAAUGUCCAAUGUUCCUGUAUCAAACGGGUACAAAAGCGCCAAUUGUACACCUGAAACCCCAAGAACCAGAUUGGGGAUUUCUCAGUUCCACAACAUGUAUUCAAUAUCUGUAAGAUAACUAACUGUAAGAUUAGUUGCAAGGGAACAGUGAUGUCCAUCGUAAUUCUAGCGAAAUAUUUGAUCCCAGAUUCUAGACGCCCAUAGCAACAUAUUGUUGCUACAUAGACGUCAGUGAAUACAGGCUGGAGAUAGACAUCAAGUUUAUACGUAAGAGUACAUUAUUUUAACAAGAAUAAGUUCCUAUAAUAAAACUAUUCCCAUUUUGAAAUUAUGCCGGCCACUGGCAAAACAGUGAAUGCAUAAGAACUUGCAUCAAACAUAGUACAUAGAACUUCCCGUUCUGAGAAGAGACUGUUAAUUUGAGAAUGGCAAACAGAAGUCUUUUUUUGCGAUCAACGAACAUAUAUAACGAAACUAAUUUCUAGCAUAACCUAAUUCUUACUUGUUUAAAUGAUGAUGGAUGUUCAGGAUAGUUGUACGAGCUCGGUCUUGCGUACUCCAAUUUAGUGUCCCCAAAUACACAUAAUAAACAAGAGAGCAUUGCUCAAAUAUAUGGAAAAAAGGGCCAACACAAAAUGCGAUCGCG